AUGGCGGCAGCAAGUUCAGCACUUCAAUCUGUAGAAGUCUAUACCAAAGGGACCAAGGCUUGGUUUGAAGAUAAACUCGAAGCGUGGAUCUCUGCAACGUGCAUCUCGAAUACCAAUGAUGGCAACAAGGUCACUAUUGUGUUUGAAGGAGACAAUGACCAAAAGGAAUACGUCUUUGAGUCAACGAUCCAAGAGAUUGAGAAGAAUGGAGGAUCCAAGUUGCCACCUUUGAGGAACCCUCCCAAGAUGGAGUAUACGGAUGAUUUGACCAACUUGAGUCAUCUCAACGAGCCUGCAGUGUUGAACACCAUUCGAACACGAUACAUGCAGCAUCUUAUUUAUACUUAUUCGGGUAUCGUCCUUAUCGCUGUCAACCCUUUCGAUCGAGUGGCCUUGUACGACCCUGAUAUUGUUCAACAAUACUCUGGAAAGCGAAGAGGAGAGCUUGAACCACACUUGUUCGCUAUUGCAGAAGAUGCUUACAGAUGCAUGAUCCGGGAACAAAUGAAUCAAACAAUCGUUGUUUCAGGUGAAAGUGGUGCUGGUAAAACCGUGAGCGCCAAGUAUAUCAUGCGUUACUUUGCAACUGCUGAUGAUCAAGAAUCGGUUGGCAAAAAGAAGAAGGCUAGUGGUAGUGGAAUGACAGAGGUUGAAGAACAAAUCUUGGCCACCAAUCCGAUCAUGGAAGCUUUUGGCAACGCCAAGACGACUAGAAACGACAACAGUUCACGGUUCGGCAAAUACAUCGAGAUCCAAUUUGAUGAAGGUGCCAACAUUAUCGGUGCAAAGAUCAGAACCUAUCUUUUGGAACGCUCUCGUUUGAUCUUUCAACCACAAACUGAACGCAAUUAUCACAUUUUCUAUCAGCUUUGUGCGGGUGCUCCAUUGUCAGAAAAGAAGGAAUAUGAGCUUGGAGAUUAUACCAACUUCCACUUUUUGAAUCAAAGCGGCACCGGCACUAUUCCAGGCGUUGAUGAUGCGGCUGAAUUCGAAGUAACACAACGAGCUUUGUCCACGAUUGGAUUAUCGGUUCAGCUUCAAUGGAAGAUCUUCCGAUUAUUAUCGGCUCUAUUACAUAUCGGCAACAUCCAAAUUACGGGUCGUGGUGAUGCGGUGUUGAGUGAAAGUGAUCAAGCUUUGCAAACGGCCUCACGUCUUAUGGGUAUCAAUGCAACCGAAUUCAGAAAAUGGAUCGUACGCAAACAAAUCGUCACACGCUCCGAGAAAAUCGUCACCAAUCUCACACCAGCACAAGCACAUGUCGUCAAGGACUCUGUGGCCAAAUACGUUUAUGCAAACCUUUUCGAGUGGCUCGUCAGCGUUAUCAACGACAGCCUUUCUUGCCCUGAUCCAGAAAAGAUGGCGACCUUUAUUGGUGUCCUCGAUAUUUACGGCUUUGAGCACUUUAAGAAGAAUUCAUUCGAGCAAUUUUGUAUCAACUACGCCAAUGAAAAGCUGCAACAACAGUUCAAUCAACAUGUGUUCAAAUUGGAGCAAGAGGAAUACGUCCGUGAAAAGAUCAAUUGGAGCUUCAUUGAAUUCAGCGACAACCAGAAAUGUAUUGAAUUGAUCGAAGCCAGACUUGGUAUCUUGGCUCUUUUGGACGAGGAAUCGAGACUUCCUGCAGGAUCAGAUCAAGGCUUUUGUCAAAAGCUGUAUACCAACUUUUCCACCCCAGAGUACAAGAACUAUUUCAAGAAGCCUCGAUUCUCCAACAAUGCCUUCACCAUUGCUCACUAUGCCCACGACGUGCAAUAUGAAGCUGAGAGCUUUUUGGACAAGAACAAGGACACUGUGCCAGAUGAACAUCUUAGCCUUCUUCAAGGCUCGAGCUUUGAUUACUUGACCGAGGUGCUUGAAAAAGCCGCUGCCAACAACCCACCACCACCAACCGAGAACAAGCGCAUGAGUAUGAUGGUUCGAAAGCCAACAUUGGGUUCUAUCUUUAAGCUCUCUCUUAUCAAUCUCAUGGAUACGAUUGGCCAAACCAAUGUGCAUUAUAUCCGUUGUAUCAAGCCAAAUGAAGCCAAGGUGGCAUGGGAAUUUGAACCCAACAUGGUACUUUCUCAAUUGCGUGCUUGUGGUGUCUUGGAGACCAUCCGUAUCAGUUGUGCUGGAUAUCCUUCUCGUUGGACUUUUGAGGAAUUUGCCGAUCGUUAUUAUGCACUUGUUCCUUCCAAACAUUGGGAUCAUAAGGAGAACCCGGACAUGGGACAGCUCUGUACCACCAUUCUUGAAGCAUCCAUCAAGGACAAUGACAAGUAUCAAGUUGGCAUAACCAAAAUCUUCUUCCGUGCUGGUCAGCUUGCGUAUAUGGAAAAGCUACGUUCGGAUCGCUUCAAUGAGUGCGCUAUCCUUGUCCAAAAGAACAUUCGCCGCUAUGUGUAUCGCACACGUUAUUUGCGUAUGCAACAACUUGCUUUGGGUCUUCAAUGCAUUGCUCGCCGUAAAGUUGCACAAGCCAAGCUCCAAUCAUACCGUGAAGAAAGGGCUGCCAUUGUUAUUCAAACCGAAUGGCGAAGAUACGUUGCUCGUAAGCAAUACCUUGCAACCCGACAAUUCAUUCUCAAGUUGCAAACAGCUAUCCGUGGAUGUCGAGCACGACGUAAUCUUAGCUCAGUCAAGGAGCAUAUGGCUGCAACCCAAAUCCAACGCCUUGUUCGUGGAUGGUCUGCUCGUAAGCAAUAUCAAGCAAAGCGUCAUUUCAUCAUCAAUUUGCAAGCGUGUGUACGCCGCCGAGCUGGUCGAAAGCAGUUGAUUGGAUUGAGGACCGAAGCACGAUCUGCCAACCAUUUCAAAGAAGUUUCAUACAAGCUUGAGAAUAAGAUUGUGGAGUUGACACAAACCAUCACUGCGCUUAAGGAUGAAAAGAAAUCGGCCACCGAUCGCACAGUACAGCUUGAAGCACAAAUUCGCACGUGGAGUGAAAAGUACGACAAGUUGGAAAAGAAAUCCAAGGGCUUGGAAGUGAAGUUGCAGGAACCCACUGUGCCUGAGGAGAAAUGGAUUGAAUUGCAAACGGAGCGAGAUACGCUUGCAGCUGAUUAUCGUGAAGCCCAAGAGAAGAUCAAAGCGCAUCAACGUGAAGUUACCAGCUUGACAGAGCAGCUCAGCGCCCAAAAGAAAGAGAAUGAACGCUUGCAAAAGUCGCUUGAGGAAGCACAAGAACGAGCUGAUAAUGCCGCUGAUGAAGGAGAGGUGUCUGAACUCAAGAGUCAAAUUGCAGCCCUUAAAGCACAGCUAACCCAAGUGAUGCACACGCCUCGUCGACAACAAUCCGUUUCUCAUACACGCGGUUUAUCGCCAUCACGCGGCUUAUCACCAGCUCCUCUCAAUGGCAGCGGUGCACGCAAUGCAUCAUUAUCACCUAUCAAGCCUCUUGACACCAACACAGUCAAGGAAACCCUCACAGCACCACCUCGUAGCAAGUCGCCUAGUGGAAUGCCUAUCAACAGACGUGGUCGUCGUAACAGCACCGCUGAUAUGCCUGUCAACCGCACCAAAUCAUCUAUUGAUAAUAUUCGUCAAGCAGAGCUUUUGACCAAGAAUCCUCGACCCACAUCGAUUCAUCAUGUUGGCGCAUUGCUUGGAAAGACUGGUCUUAUGUCUGAGAGUCUUGGUGAACAUCCUGAAGAAGAGUUGAGCAAGAUUUUGCGUGAUGAAGAUGGUCUCCAAGAAGAAGUGCUCGAAGGUCUUAUCAAGGGUCUCAAAAUGCCAUUGCCAAGUUUGCAAAAUCCAUCAUCCAAGAAGGAGAUCUUUUUCCCUGCCCAUAUGAUCGCCAUGUGUGUGUCCGAAAUGUGGCAUGCUGGCAACAUUGCUGAAUCCGAGCGUCUCUUGUUUACGGUUAUGGAUACUAUUCAAAAGCAAUGCUUGAGCUUUACUGGUGAAGAGGCCAUUGUUCCUUGCGCGUUUUGGUUAUCGAACGUACACGAACUUUUAUCGCUGAUUUGCAUUGCCGAGCAUGAGCUAGAACAAGAAAUGCAUUCAAAUGGACAUAUGGCAUCUGGUUGGCAUGAUUUUGAAAAGUUGGUGGCCACCAUCAAGUUUGAAUUGCAAUGUCUUGAAGAUAACAUCUUCCAUGCUUGGAUGAAGGAGCUCAAGAAGCGCAUUAGCAAAAUGGUCAUCCCUGCUAUCAUUGAAGGACAAUCUUUGCCUGGCUUUGUUACAUCUGAUUCGAACCGCUUCUUUAACAAGUUGUUGACGGGAUCAUCGCAUCCUAGUUUCAGCAUGGACGACUUGCUCAACGCACUCAACAAGGUGUAUCGAUCCCUCAAGUGUUAUCACAUUGAGCAUUCUGUUGCCAAUCAAGUUCUUACGGAAUUACUCAAGCUUAUUGGUGUAUCGGCAUUCAAUGAUUUGUUGAUGCGAAAGAACUUUUCAUCUUGGAAGCGAGCUAUGCAGAUCCAAUACAAUAUUACCCGCAUCGAAGAGUGGUGCAAGAGCCACGAGAUACCCGAAGGAACACUUCAACUUGAGCAUCUGAUGCAGGCUACAAAAUUGUUACAAUUCAAAAAGGGAUCAUUGGAAGAUAUCGAAAAUAUCUAUGAUGUCUGCUGGAUCUUGUCACCCACACAAAUUCAAAAGUUGAUCUCCCAAUAUCAGACAGCUGAUUACGAGAACCCCAUCAAACCCGAAAUUCUUGGUGCCGUUGCCUCCCAUGUUGUGAGCGGCGACAAGAGCGAUGUUCUCUUACUGGAUUCCGUAUCCAUGGAUGAUACAACCAACCCAUUCGAGAUCCCUGUGCCCCGUGAACCAGAAGUACAACGUUAUUUGCCAGCUUGGCUGAACCUCAAGCGGUUGAGACGUCUCACUUUCCUUGCACAAGCACUACGAGAUCAGCAAGCUGCUGUAGAGGCAACAGCCGUUGCAACCCCUUAA